GUGAGCUGGCUGGGCUGUUUCCCUUCGCUCCAAGCUCGGGUUUGAGGGUGGCCCUGUGAUGUGCUAGGUCUAACGUGCCUUCCUAAAUAAUAUUGGGGCGCACAGUUCUUGUUCUGUAAUCAGGCGGCGCGGUGUAUACCCGAGAACCGGCCAACCGCUGAUAGCUGCCUGCUGCUGCGGCUAGCGCUGUGUUGUGUUGAGCUGGCACUUGGCUCUGGGCUGCCUGGCGGCGAGGACCGGGAGCGCGAGGAGCCCGACUCCCCGGGCACGCAGAUGGACACUUUGUUUCUCUCCCUCUCAUUACAUGGAAUGUCCCCCUUAGAGGUGGCACCCUAACUGGAUGCCUACUUAGCUGUAAGUACCUGGUUUGUAAAGAGGCUUCACUUAUAAACAAAGACACAAGGGAAAAAUGACAUUCAGAAAAGUGAACAUUGCCAUCCUUGUACUUGUUAUUGUUAUAUUUUUAUUAGUUCUGCAUCACAAUCUUCUAGGUCUCAGUGACUUUUUGAAACGAGAUGUAGCAGAUUCAAGUCCAUUAGGACUCCAGCCAAUAGAUUUCAUACCCGAGGCUCCUCAAAGGCUGACUGACGAAAUAAAUGAUCAAGAAAUUCCUGUGGUCAUUACAGCAUCGGAUGACAGGCUUGGAGGUGUAAUUGCAGCCAUGAACAGCAUUUAUCAUAACACUAAAUCCAACGUGGUGUUCCAUAUUGUCACUCUAAAUGAUACAGUGGACCAUUUGAGGGCGUGGCUGAGUAAAACUGCUCUGAAAAAGGUGAAAUACCGAAUUUUGGAUUUCGACCCUCGUGUUUUGGAAGGGAAAGUGAAAGUGGAGUCUGAACAGGCAGAUUCCAUAAAACCAUUAACCUUUGCAAGAUUCUACUUACCUAUGUUCGUUCCUCAUGCAGAGAAGGCCAUAUACAUGGAUGAUGAUGUAAUAGUGCAAGAUGAUAUCCUUGAACUUCACAACACACCACUGAAACCUGGCCAUGCAGCUGCAUUUGCAGAUGACUGUGACUCAACCUCUAAUAAAUUUGCCAUCCGUGGCGCAGGGAAUCAGUACAAUUAUAUUGGAUUUUUAGACUAUAAGAAACAAACAAUCCGGAAGCUCGCCAUGAAAGCCAGCACCUGCUCUUUCAAUCCAGGGAUCAUUGUUGCUAAUCUAACAGAAUGGAAACUACAGAACAUCACUAAGCAAUUGGAGAAAUGGAUGACACUUAAUGUAGCAGAGGACUUAUACAGCAGAACUCUGGCAGGUAGCAUUGCCACACCACCACUGCUAAUUGUAUUUUACAAGCAACAUUCUAAUAUUGAUCCCAUGUGGAAUGUCCGACAUCUUGGCUCUAGCACUGGAAAAAGGUAUUCUCCUCAGUUUGUGAAAGCUGCCAAGUUGCUCCAUUGGAAUGGGCAUUUCAAACCCUGGGGAAGAACAGCUUCAUAUGUUGAUGUCUGGGAGAAGUGGUACAUCCCGGAUCCCACUGGCAAGUUCAGCCUGAUCCGCAGACACUCUGAGAUCUCUGAGUCCAAGUAAAUGGAUUUUUAUGAACUAUUGUCAUUUUCUCAGGAAACUCUUGGAGCCAGCAGUGUUUCUUUCAGCUGAUUUGUAUUACAGAGCAGUCUUUGCUUCUCUGGAGCACAGGGGAAAGUACAUUUUCAGAUGAAAUGAUCAACUGUACCAAACUGCAUCCCUGAAAAAGACUUAUUUCAAAUACGAUUGGGGAAAACUUAGUCCAGCCGCACUAUGAAGAGCAGAGAAACAGCUACAUGAACUAGAAUUUUUGCUAGGCAAUUCCUUUUAAUUACAUUCUUCCAGUCCAGUGCUAGUCUUCUGUGUUUGAUAAUUUUGUCAGCUACAGAAAUAGAUGUCUCUUGUUCGUAGGAACAGUUUAUCUGGGUGACAGCCACACGCAAAUCUUGCACACCAAUUUAUUAUAAUCAAAAGUUGCUACUGGUUUCUUGGUAUCUUAUCUUAUCCUCUGAUAUAUGGAGCUUUAUAAAAGGCACUUUCUCUUGCAUGAAGACCCACUCACCAUUUAUAUUUAACCCUUUCUUGCACUGUCUCACUGUGUAUAUGAACUUAAUCUAUAUUUUUCAAAGGCGAUUCCUCAAGUGUUAUUUCACUGAGAAUUGUUUUUUGUGAUUGCUACGCAACACAAACUGUUUUUAAAGAUGUGGAAUAAACUAAACUUUGUUAAAAAAUAAAAUGAUUUUAGGUUAA